UGGUGAAGUACUUCGGGAUCGCUAGCAAAACAUUAAACAUGUCGGGAAAACUUAUUCGUUGGGGCAUCGCGUCCGCUGGCAAGAUUAGCGAGGAUUUUGUUAUUGCCUUGAGCACACUUCCAGCCAGCGAUCACAAGGUGGUUGCGGUGGCUGCACGUGCUCAGGAUCGUGCUCAGGCGUUUGCCAAGAAGCAUGAGAUUCCCACAGCCUAUGGGAGUUACCAGGAGCUGGCCAAGAGCAAGGAUGUGGAUGUGGUCUACAUUGGUGUGCUGAAUCCACAGCACUAUGAGGUCUCCCUGCUGAUGCUGAACCAUGGCAAACAUGUGCUCUGCGAGAAACCGUUGGCGAUGAACAAGAAGCAAGUGGAGGGCAUCCUGGCUGCAGCCAAAGCAAAUAAACGCUUCUUCAUGGAGGCCGUCUGGUCACGUUUCUUCCCAAGCUAUCAGCAUGUGCGUCAGCUCAUCCAAACCGGCGCUCUGGGCGAGAUCAAGGAGGUGGUGGUCAACUUUGGUUUCCCACUUGCCAAUGUCGAUCGUUUGCAGAAACGUGAGCUGGGCGGAGGAGUCGUCUAUGAUCUUGGGAUUUACACCAUUCAGGCGGCACAGUGGGCCUUCCAGGAGACACCACAAAAAAUUGAAUCGAGUGGCACUACAAAUGCCGAGGGCAUCGAUGAUGAUGUGAGUGCCACAUUGACCUACAGCGGUGGACGCACAGCUCGCAUGCGUUUCUCCUCCAAGGAGAAACUGGACAACUUGGCUGUGAUCAAGGGCAGCAAGGGACAAGUGACGUUGAUUGAUUUCUGGUCGCCCAACAAACUCAUCGACAUUGAUGGCAAGGAGAAGGAGUGGUUGCCUCCCAAGGGUAAAUAUACCACCAAUUAUGGCAACUCGGAGGCCAUGCGCUAUGAGGCGGAGGCAGUGCGUCAAUCUAUACUCGCCGGCGAGGUGGAGAACAAGAAUGUCAGCUAUGCGGACAGUUUGCUAUUUGCACAAAUCGAGGAUACGAUCCGUAAGCAGAUCGGUGUGCUUAACAAAUUCGAUGAGGAAUAAAUUAAAUAAUUAUACAAAAAUAUCACAACUAUUAUAAACUAUACAGGAAACUA